AAAAACGGUAGCAACUAAAUUUAAAGUACAGAAGAAUCAUUCUAGUUAAAAGAAAAAUCAGAUUAAGCUGCUAGUUAAGGGAAUGGCUGUCUGUCAUCCCUAACUGACAAUUCAUGAUUGGAAUUGCUAAAGGGACCAUCAGGAACCAUAACAAUGUUUCUCUGUAAAUCUGCCAUGAUUAGAGGUCUGGGGGAGGGGAGUGCUUUUCUGUACCCAGUAUUUAUAUUUUUAAAGUACAGAUUUACAAAAGGUUUUCAUGGAGAAUUUUUUUAUGAAAUACAGGAAUCUAUUUGACAUCUAUCCUCAGAUGUAUUGACAGCUUCCUUAAACUAUCCAGUUCCUCAUCUGUUGUUUUUUUCAUUUUGUAUACUGCAAGUUCCCAAGCAACUCAAAUGUGUAAACACAGCUAUAGAUACAAUAUUUACUUUUACAGUAGUUACCUGGGAAUCUAGGUCUGUUUAUUUUCCCCUCCUCUUCACUUACUAAUCAUAUAUAACUAGCAACAUUUAUGGUUAUAGUUUGAUUUACAAGUUCCUCAGUCUUGUUGAUCGUUUCUAGCCUCUAGUUUGAAGUAAGAGAAGAAUGAGUGGUCAGGAACUGGUCACUUUGAACGUGGGAGGGAAGAUAUUCACAACAAGGUGUUCUACCAUAAAGCAGUUUCCUGCCUCUCGGUUGACACGAAUGUUAGAUGGCAGAGACCAAGAAUUCAAGAUGGUUGGUGGCCAGAUUUUUGUGGACAGAGAUGGUGCUUUAUUUAGUUUCAUCUUAGAUUUUUUGAGAACUCAACAGCUUUUAUUACCCACUGACUUUUCUGACUAUCUUAGGCUUCAGAGAGAGGCUCUUUUCUAUGAACUUGAUCCUCUGGUUGAUCUCUUAAACCAAGAACACUUGCUACAGCCAAAACCCGCUCUUGUGGAGGUGCAUUUCCUAAGCCGAAACACUCAAGCUUUUUUCAGGGUGUUUGGCUCUUGCAGCAAAACAAUUGAGAUGCUAACUGGGAGGAUUACAGUGUUUACAGAGCAACCUUCUGCACCUACCUGGAGUAGGAGCUCUUUCCUUCCUCAGACGACCUUACUUCCUCUGCCUCCUCAAAGACCUUCUUACCAUGACCUGGUUUUCCAGUGUGGCUCUGGCAGCACUACUGAUAACCAAACUGGACUCAGGUACGUUUCUAUAAAACCCGACAACCGAAAAUUGGCCAACGGAACUAAUGUCCUCGGUUUACUGAUUGACACUUUAUUAAUGGAAGGCUUCCAUCUGGUCAGCACUAGAACAGUAUCUUCUGAAGACAAAACCGAAUACUAUAGCUUUGAAAGAAGGAAAAGGCCUGAAGCUCUUGCCAUGAACAAAACAGUGAAACCAGAGACUACUGUCAUGCCAGAGCAAUCUCAGAAAAAGAAAUGAGAUUCUUAAAUUUUUUUUUAAAGGGAAAUUGUCAUUUUCUUGUAUGGAGAUUCCAUAUUUAGGGCAAACAUGUUCAUUGGAUAUGUAUGUACUCUGCCUAACUUUUUGGCCUUGUCCCCCACCGUGCCUUCUGGGGCAGCUACACCUCAACAAUGCUUAUGCCACAAUGACUGCUUGCUACUUUCUGAACAACACCAUGCACCUGGCACCUUGGCACAUACUCCUCUGCUGCCAGGCCUCUUGCCCUUUUUCUUCUUGAAUACUUACAUUCUUUCAAGAAUGGGCUCGAGAAUCAUACGGCUUGAUUUCUAAUCACUGACUAGCUAUAUGACUUGGGCAAAUCAUUUAACCUAUUUGUGCCUCAACUUCGUCAUCUAUCAAAUGGGGAUAACAAGUACAUGUCCCUUAUAAGAUACAUGAGGAUUAAAAGAGAUAAUGUACUCAACACAUUCCCUGGCACAUAGCAGGCACUCAGUAACUAGCAGUAGUGAGUGAUAAUGAAGACGGGUGGCCUACUUUCAAUUGCACCUCUUCUGUGAGACCUUGUUUUCCUCCUUUUUCAGGCAUAUUAAUCAGCUGUUUCCUCUGCAGAGAUUUAUGCCAUCAUAAAAACAAAUUUUUCUCACUUGAUUGUGAGCUCGAUCCACUCAAUAGUGCUAAACAGUGAGAGAAAUAUGUUUGUUACUAAUUAACACCUACAUUUGGUGAAAAACUUUUGAAUAACCCCUCCUAACAUUUAAAAUACACAUAUAAUUUGAAUUAGUGAUUUCUCUUGUAGGAAUUCUUAUAUAUAUGUCAUUUUAAACAGUAGGAUAAACAUUUAGAAAAGGCAUCAGUAAGUCAAAGAGGACCAGGUACUUUGUACAUGGUAGGGUUAAAAACUGUUGAGUGAAAGCAGUUGAGCACCAUUUUAAAAAGUAUAGUUCAUUCAAAAACACCUGUUAAACAUUUGUUAAGACACUAUACUAAGUUUUCAGGAUUAAAAAAUGAGUAAGGAAAAAAAAUCCAUAUUCUCAAGGAGCUCACAUUCAAGUGAGAACAUAUAUCAUCAUAACAGCAAAAGAUUAGAAAUAAACAAGUUCAUCAGUAGGGAAUGAGUAAAUUAUGGUUCAUACAAUGAAACACUAUGCAGCCCUUAAAAAGAGGGAGGCAGCAGUUUCCAAACUGAUAAAGGAUUGUCAAAUAUAAGUAGGAAAAAACCAAGGUGCAGAACAAUGUAUAAAGUGGAAAAAGAU